AUGCGCGAGGCUGUUGUGCAAGGCUGUGUGGAGACUGCGUGUGGCAGGGAACGGCAUAAUUUUAGCCUAGCGCGAAAGCCAGUUACGUCAGGUCCCAUACAGCGUGUGGCGUCACCUGCGUACAAACAUCUUCUGAGCAACACCUACAGUGGAGCUGAAAGAUGCAUUGAUGAGCACAAUCUCAAAAAAUGGACGGAAAGUAAGAUGGGUAACGUCACAGCACUACCCUUCCUUUCAUUACAGGAGUUGAUGGAUACCGUUUUCCUAAUCUCUGCCAUUCAUUGUCUGUUCAUCACAAUAUUUUACACAGCUCUCGUGCUGUUUAUCUUGUUGGAGAAUGAAGUCUUGACAUCCGGCCAAUAUGACUUGCACAACUCAAAUCUGAGCGCACGAACUAUUGCAGUGGGGUGGAUAUCUAUCACCCCAGUGGCAGAAAUGAUGUCGCGAAAAGUCGGUGACGGUGACCGCGAAGUGCGCAUCUUUCACGCGUUAUGCCCCGAACGGUGUCUGAGCCAGCACAUUCCAUCUUUGAGCCCAGAGUUAACUGAAGAGCCGCAAACAGCUUCACGCAAAUACCAAAACACCGGUGUUCAAACUCUGCCGCCCCCGAAUGGCGACAUUUUCAAGCUUGUUCACGGCCGCGCCCCCUCGGAAUCCGACUACGUGCGCAACGUAGGUACGGCCGCUAUUGGACGUUUCACGGAGGACCUUUGUUCAAACCCGUACGAGUUGGUAUAUGGCACAACAUACAACGCUCCACUGGCGGCGCAAAGAAGUAUCUAUACGGACACGGGAUUCCAGACGGCGAGCCGCGGCGUGACCACAAUGGCGUUGUCCAGAGCAAAAGCCAGAGCAUCUGUGAUGGUCAAUAGGCAUCGCGAAGCUGCUAUCCAAGCAGGGUACAUCAUAUGUGCAGAGUCUCAGGAUGAGAUGAUCAUCCACUCUGAACAACACCCAACAGCUGUGCGAAUCGACGCCAAUGGCAACCUACUGGAAGGAACCAUCGAGGAGUUUUAUCUCCCCAACAUACAUGGGACACCCUUACAGACGCAUCGACUUGCACCAAAUGAUAGGCUAUCAUUGAUCGGUAGGAAGGUCUCACUUGUUGCAGAAGGAGACAGCCAGGUUGCGAUGACCGGAUCGACAUCACACUCUUCUAUUGCCAAAGUUCCGAGGGUUGAAGUCACCGCAAGGAUAUCAGCGCAUGCUCCAUCUUCAACAAACCAGACUUCUGGGUUGACACCAGUCAUUGAUGACGAAUACGGGAACGUAGGGUCUUGCGCACAUGAAUAUGUUGUUUACGAUGCUGGAGCGACGACCUCAUUGCCUUUACAAAAACCCAGCUCCGGUAAGUUGAAACACACUGAUACCCCGACAAAGAAAGCCAGACGCAGCAAAGCAACCACCCCAAAGAGGUCGUUCGCCUUCGACCCAUCUUUGCCUGAAUCGUCUAGUCAGCAUGAAAACACACUGCAUACAGUUUCCAGUCCAAGACCAAAAGAUGUGUUGCUGUCGACGCAAGAUUUCCCUUCGCAGCCUUGCAAAGCGGGUAGUGAGCACACUUUACCUGCUAGCCAGUCCACGAGCACAGACUAUUGGGAACUUGGCAUGGUACAGCCCGCCUAUGGCUAUAGAUCUUCUGCAGAUACCUCCUGUCAUGAUGCAUCUGUUGCUCAUGAUAUCAGCUACAAGAAUGAAACACCGCCUGAAGAAGAUGAUCUACAAUCAGCGAGUCACCGAGCAUGCGAACAUGACAUCAAGACCGCGCAAUCAAAGGCGCCCGUCGUGGCGCGUAGACGGAUGAUACCCUCGGCAACACAGACAGUUGACGAUAAAGAAGCCAAGAGGAAGCGGUCACGUAGUCAAACACGCGUCCACGACAGAGACAGCGUACCAGAGGCAAAGAAGGUCAAAAUAAGCCCCGAUGCCCAAUCAAAGCGAAAAGGCGUCACGAAAAGCGAAUGCGGAACCGGAAAUGGUGCUGCCUCACAACGACAGACUACGACACCAGACGAAGACACUCAGCAGCUACCAUCUCAGAUCACUCCUGAUAAUUUCACGGCAGUUAAUCGUAUCAAGAAUAAGCCUAAAACCAGAUCUUUGAGAACGCCUAGGUGCUCAUUUGAGCCAUACGUGCCUCCUGCAAUGCGGGCGAACCGCAAAUAG